UCGUUUGCAGCUAAUGUGACUUAUAACUAAACAAGUUAAAAUAACAGCAUUAAGGAGAGUCGUAAUCCGGAAACGUAUCAUGUGGUAGUAGGAACACAUUAAUCAUAACACUUUCACACAUGUAGAUUCUGAGUUAGUUUUUUUAAAGGUUAUUUUUAUUUAUCAGUACAAUGGAGCCAGACAGAGAACAGAUUUGCAACAGCUUGAUCACCUGGCUGCAGACGCUGGAAUUAUCAGCACCUCAUGAUAACCCAGCUGAACUCAGUGAUGGGAUAGCCAUUGCACAGGGCCUUCAGCAAAUAGCACCAGAAUAUUUCAGUCAAGCCUGGAUGUCCAAGAUCAAGGUGGAAGAUGUUGGAAACUGGCGUUUUAAAGUAACAAACUUAAAAAAAAUAUUGAAAGGAAUUUUGGAAUACAACCUUGAGGUGCUAGGCAUACAGAUUCAAGGCUUCCAGAUGCCUGAUGUGAAUGCAAUAGGAGAACAUAAUGACCCUAUGGAGCUAGGUCGUCUCUUGCAGUUAGUGCUGGGUGUUGCUAUUAACUGUGAACGCAAACAAGAACACAUCCAACGCAUCAUGGGUAUGGGGGAGAUGCAGCAACAAACGAUCAAAUAUGCCAUACAAGAGCUAAUGACGAAAGAAAUAGCAACUGGUGAUGAGGUGGAAUCUGAAGUUCAAGAACAGUUGAAACGCACUAUGGAAGAACUCAGUUCUGUGUUGGAAGGGAAAGAAGAACUACUACAGCGGUGUCAUGAACUGGACAUGCAGGUGGCAUCGUUGCAUGAGGAAAAACUUGGGCUACAAGCAGAAAAUGAAAGACUUCAAGAGCGACUUCAGCACGCAGAGAACAUUGAUGACCCCAGCACGCCUGUAGGAAAGCGCAUGAUGCAGUUCCAACAGCAGAUUGAAGUCCUGCAGGAUGAAAUUUACAAGUUAGAGUCAGGUAAAGAGGAUUACAGAAUAAAAUAUGAUGUUCUACUGAAAGAGUGCAACGAUUUAAAAGACAAGAAUGCAGAACUUACUCAGCUAGCAUCAGAAUCCAGAGCAAUGAAAGAUGAGCUUGAUGUUCUCCGCCAUACGUCAGACAAAGCAACAAAAUAUGAGGCAGCAAUAGAAUCUUACAAGAAGAAAUUAGAGGACAUGAGUGAUCUACGGGUGCAGCUGAAGAUGCUGGAGGAGAAGAACACACACUACAUGCAGCAGCAGAUUGAAAUGGAAGAGGAAAUCAAGCGGUUAAACAACACUAAGCAGCAGCUGGAGUCCUACAAGAGACAAACACUGGAACAGCAAAACCGUUUGACAGAUGAGACUAAGCGUGCAGACAAGUGGGAGUUUGAGUGCAGCAGGCUACAGGAGAGGUUGGCUACACUUCAGCGAGAAAAAGAGCGUGUUGUAGCUGAGAGGGACUCUCUGAAAGAAUUGAAUGAUGAGCUGAAAUGCACACAGCCAACUAUGGCUGGCAUCUCCCUGAGUGAGCAGAUAAGUGAUAUAGGGCCCUCACCACAGCGCAUGCUGUCUUUACCGCCAGAAGUCAAGGAGCAGCUUUUGCGACUGGAGCAUGAGAACAAAUUGCUGAAGAUGAGUGCGGAUGGGAACCAGGAGGAACAAACUCACAACUUACAGUCACAGCUGGAUGAUGCUAAUGCACGCAAGAAUGAACUUGAAACAGAAGUCAGGUUACUGAAUCAGCGCCUGAUAGAGCUGCAGGCACAGGUUGAAGAUCUUCAAGAGCGACAGCAGACAACAGCUUCAGCUUCAUCCACUGAGACAUUGGAGAUGAAGAGGCGAGCAACAGAGCUCACUCAACGGUUGGAAGAACGAGAGUUACAGAUAGCCCAGCGGACAGCACAAGUGGAGAUGCUGAAAGAUAAGCUGAGCAGCAGCGCAGAGACACUAACAGCUGUACAAGAAACUCUGAGACGCAAGGACGAAGAGAUGAGGGCUAUGGAAGAACGUUAUAGGCGAUACCUAGAUAAAGCCAGACAGGUUAUAAAAAGUCUAGAUGCAAGCCAGAGUGCUGAUACAUCAGCAGAAGUGCUAGCUCUCCGACAUCAACUUCAUGAAAAAGAACAAUACAUCACCAGUUUAGAAAAGGACCAGGAAAGAAUGAGAAGCAUUCACAGUGAGGAAGAGUCUUUGAUUGUCACUGCCUGGUACAACCUGGGAAUGCAGCUGCACCGACAGGCAGCUGAAGAGAGACUUGCCAACAGUAACAUGGGGCAGUCCUUUUUAGCACGCCAGAGGCAAAUGCAGACUCGCCGUGUCCCAGCUAUGAGUACUUUACACAACAGCAGCAAUAGCACUGUACUGCACUAACUGGCUGGUCAGGAGCAUCACUGGAGGCUGCAUAUAGCAGCCCUGGUGAAUAACUGGCCUGUGUAUGUCUAUAUGUAUGAAGGUGAGCUGGAAGGAAGAAGAGAGUGUGUGUGCAUGCAUUCAUAAGCGUGUACUGUAAUUUAUUUCAGUCAGUAGAUACAUACAGCAGCUGGAAACUUUGUGAAUGCUACUAUUACCUAUAUUCCUACUGUACCAACCUGCCAACUUGCUUGCCCCCCCUUUUUUUCUUUUUUUUUUUUUUAAUUUUUGUCCAGCAGCUUUUCACUGGCUUGAAGAGAGCAUUAAGCAUGCAGCUGUUUGUCUCUUUUCUCUUGGUAUGAUAAAAAUAUACAGCUUGUAUGUCAGUGUAAAUAAGCUUGCUUGCAAAUGGUGCUUGGGUGGUAUUACAACUUUAUAUGACCAUAACUGAACCUCAGACCUUUCACUUUUCAUAAAGAAGAGUUAUUCACACAUAAGAGUCAUUAUUAUGUGAGGGUGCUUGAACCAUGCAUGCUAGUCUUCUUGUAGAUGCCUCUUUAGUUAAACUAUCCUGGGUAGUACAAUGUAUCUGAUAGUGGUUAUUGUUAAAUAUAUAUGAAGUUUGCAUGUUUUUAAUAGUGCAUGUGUACAUUCAAGUUAAGAGCUCCGUGAUAUUCAUGUAUCCAAUGUGCUUCAUGGUGAUCAUUUAAUGUGAACUGUGUAUAGCUGUCCUCACCUAUGUUGAUAAGCAGGCAUGCAUGUUCUUUUGCUUGCUGCUUGCAGUAACAGGUCAGUGGACAUUGCACGUUCUGAAGUCCCCCAUGGGAGUCUGAUGUUAGGGGCUACAAUAGCAGAUUCAUCUCCUAUAUACCUUCCUCUGCAGCAUCCAAGAAUGGAAUUACAUUUUUCACCUGUAUGAAUUUUAAAGAGAUAGCAUGGCGGUGGGAACAGAAGAGAGUAGAGAGCGUGUGUGUGCAUGCAUAUAAAUGGUGCAUAAAAUUGUAUUUUAAUCUGUUAGUAUUUUAAAGUUUAUAUAGGUUGAGCUGUGACAAUUAGAGUAAUCCAUUGUUUUGUCUAUAGUUUGCUUUUUGAUUGGGUGGUAUUGCUGGAAUUAUGAUUACGUCUUCUGUCUUUGUACUGGUAUAUUUUGCCACCUCAAGAUAAGCAUUGAGCUUUGUCUGCCAUCAUCAUUCAUCAAGCAGAAAGACUGGGGUUUGUGUGAGCAAAAGUGGCUUAAAAGACAGUAAAAUGGAUUGUUUGCAAAGAGAACAAAAGUGAAAAUAAAGAGAAUAUUGGCAGUUGAUGACCAGGAAUGAUAUGCUGGGAUACUUUCACCAUUAUUUAAAUUCAUGCAUCUUUAUAUUCUGUAGAAUGACAGUUUAAAAGAAAAGUGUAAAGCAGGAUGUGUUUUAAAUUUGCUGUAAUUUUGUUGAAGAAUGUGUUAUCUGGAUGUACUUAGGAUGCUAUUCUUCUGUGACGUUUGGCCCAUCACUGUCAUCUAUGUAUGUAUAUGUAUGUAAGCACUGUUUGCUAUUUACACCAUGUGGCCUUUUCAGCUUGAGUUAUGUAUGAUGUAUAUAUAACAGAAUAAGAAUGAAAAAAAUGUAGCUUUUUCACUAGCUUUUUACAACAGUCUUUUCAAGAGGCAGGGUUAGGGUUAGGGUUAGUUUAUGGUUGUCAGGUUAAAACUGUAAAGCAUUUGCAUGAUAUCACUCCUUUGUUUUAGAGUAGGAGUGUAGAUGUGCAAGUAUAUAUAUAGACAAGUUUAUGAGUCUUUGCACAUGAAUAUUCAUGCAUCAAUAAGAGUCAACACCAACAUCCAGAUUAAUGUCAGAUUGAUCAAAACUUUGUACUUCUUGGAUUUGAUGGCCUAUGGACAGAUGCUGGAGUCCUAACUGUAUGCUGCCUUACCAGAGAUCACAGGCAAUACACACUUGCAUAUUUCUACAUAGACACACACACAGACAUGAUAAACAGAUAUGCUCACUUAGCAUUUCAUACUUUUCAACUUAAAUUGAUCAGAAUUGAUAAAGAGAUUGGAAAGUUUUAUCUGGUAGUCACAAGAUGAGCUACAGGAUUUGGUACUGCCAUUGUAGAAUGAAACCUGACAGCAGUGAGAGAACUGAACUAACCUCAUUACACACAGUUUCCAGGCAUUGACUAGUCAUAUAAACUGCACAGUGGAUGCAUAAUCAAUUCCACAAAGAAGUGAGAUAUUGAGUACCUGUGAGGUGUUAGAUAUGUCAGAGAAGUAAGAUAUUGAGAUGCUAGAUAGUUGUGUACAUGUAAACAACCCAAAAUCAUAAUGUUUGCCUUCAGUGGACAGAAAAUUGAAGUACUGUAUGCUGAUUAAAGCUGAUAUUAGACUUGAAGGCAACCUAGAUAUAGAUAUGUUUACCAAAUAUGCAGUGGACAGUAACAAAUUAUGAUUUCUUUUGAAGUACAUCUCUGCUCGCAUUUUAAAUUUAUUGAACACAUAAACAUUUUAUGGUGAUACAAAUUUAAAAUUUCAUGUUAUGUUAACAAACCCAGUAAUAUUUGUUAAUAAGUCGUUUUAUUUUUAAAUGUGAGGCCUUUUAUUAGGAAUGAAGCAUUUUAAUGUAUUGCUUUAAGUGUACCUUUAUAUAUCUUACACAACCUUGUAGGAGUGGGUCAAAUGUUAUUCCACUAUUUGAAUACUUUCUCCAAAACACUGAAAAAAACUUUAUUAACAGUCAUAAUUGCUACACUUUAAUGCUGGUGUACAUUGAAACUGUCUCCUUACAGGUGGUCUGGGGCAGAUUCAUUGUGACAGCAGUGAUGAGAGAAACAUGAAAAUAUUAAAAUGCUGUCUAACAUGCCUGAAAAAAAUAGACUAUGAGCCCAACCACCCACAGCAGUUUGAAGCAAGUGGGUAGAAGGCUGUGGCAUCAUUUGUGACUACAAGUUAGGAGAGAGAGAGAGCGAGCGAAAGAAAGAAGUUCCCCAGGAAAACACAAAUAGUGCAAGAUCACAGCUGUGUUUGUGUCGUUAAUGUAAACUGCUGCAAAAUCUGUCAGCAGCAUGUAUACAGUCAUUUCACAUCAUAAGAUGAUUAUAUUUUUAUUUUUAGUUUAGAAAAUACUUGUGUUCAUUUUAUCCAGUCUUUGUUUCCUUUUUUUAUGUACCAUAAAUUGCAGCUGAAUGGAAAAAGAAAAGUGUGAAAAAUUAUUGCAUUAGCAAAAAUGUAUAUACUUUCUUGUAUAGAAGAACAUAGCUAUUUAUCAGUCAUGUACACAAAAUAAAAUAUUUGAGAAUC